AUGGACCCUAGACAAUCUCUCUCAAGGACAACAUCGUCCAACGUCGGGACUCCUCAAAGCGCCUACAAUCCAAACAACAUGGCCUCUGCCUACGCCAUGCCUCCCUACCAAGGUAACACGCACCUUCCACCCAUCAACUACUCGCAGUUGCCUCCUGCCACCCAGAACUACAUUCCUCAACAAUACCGCAAUGACCUGCCACGCUACACGUCCGCUCCUUCAGCUGCGUCCAUCCCUUCGCCAGCUCCGGACCAUCGCUACAGCGCACACAUGAAUCCACAAGCUCCCAUGGGCGGCCUUCCGCCUACUUCUGCCUUGCCUCAACCGCACAUUCCUGCCCAGCAACAGCAACAGCAAGCCCAGCAGCAGGCUCCACCUCCAAACCACCAAGCAUAUCCAGGUCAGCAGCCAAACCGACAAUCAUACCCUCAGCCUCUCGCUCCUGCCCCUCCUCGACCAAGCCUCGACGCAUUGGCGCCACACUACGGCCAACCAGACAACCGACAGCAGUCUUGGUCCGGAGCCGAGUCCAUACCUAGUAUGCAAGCUGACAUUGGUCGAGACCCUACCAGAACCCAUGUGGUUGGCUCACAGGGUAGAAGAGGCAUCCUACCCAGUGCCCCUGGACGCCCACCCGUCAUGCCCAACGGUGUAAAUGGCUCACCAAAGAGCAACGCUGUGCCUCAGAAGGAUGCCGAUGGCAAAUUCCCCUGCCCAAACUGCACAAAGACCUAUCUUCAUGCGAAGCAUUUGAAACGGCACAUGUUGAGGCAUACUGGCGAUCGCCCAUACAUGUGCGUCUUGUGCAAUGACACAUUCUCGAGAAGCGACAUCCUCAAGCGCCACUUCCAGAAGUGUUCCGUCCGCCGCGGCAAUCCAACUGGAGCCAGUCACUUGUCCAACCCCGCAGCCCAUAUCAAGAAGUCACAGCAACAGGCGGCAAAAGCUGCAACUGCUUCGCCUGCAAGUGCAACAACCCCUCAAAGUGCGGUCAUGACAAAUCCUCCAUUCACCAGUGCUCCAAUGUCCAACACAUCUGCUCCUACUACCACCGGGCCUUCCCAAUCUGGCAUGGCAUAUGCCAUUCAGCCAAAUGGUCAACCAGAUAUGCAGCGCCAAGGACAACCCAUUCAACCGGGCUCAGGUCCUGGUGGAAUGGACCCCAAUGCCAACCCAUCCUGGUCAAUGCAACAUGCUAGAAGCAACCAGAUGAUGUACCACUCCAACGCGAACCCUUCUGACCACUUUGGCAUGCAGCCUGGGGCAGGGGAUGACAAGCGCAAUGUCAUGCCUGGCGCACACCAUAUGGGUGACGACUGGAACCACAUGUUCCCUGCAGGUGGCAAUGAAGGAUACAUGAACCCCAUGUUUGGAGGUUAUGAUCAAUCCCAGAAUGAUGUGAAGAAGGAUUAUGAAUCUCAUGAAGGUGGAUCGAAUGGUUAUUACAUUCCCUCUACGAGCCUUGGAGCUGACGGUACGCUUGGACCCCCUCUUUGGAACCCGCAUGCAUCUCAACGGGAUUUGUUCCAAGCGAAAGUGAACGCGCUAUUAACGUUUGUUUUCCCUGGUGGGCUACAGGAAUCGCUCCAAGAGCAACAAAAUAAUCCCCACAUAACAUCUUGCCUGACCGUUGACGCCAUCCAACAUUUUCUCGAUCUUUUCCCCAAUUUCCAGGGCCAUUUUCCUUGGCUCCAUUUACCAACCUUCGAUCUCUUGAAUGCUUAUGAUGGCCUCGUUCUUGUCAUUAUUUGCAGCGGCGCCGUGUAUUCUGACAGAGUCUCUCAAAGUCAAGUUCGUUCGUUGAUGCAACGCGUCAAACAAAGCCUCGAACGAAAUUCACAUAUUCUCCAAAACCUUGAGCUCGGAUCCUCUCGUCCUCACUUCUCUCUAUCUGGGGUGGAAUUUGAAGAGCUUCUUGCCCUUCAGAUCCUUCAGAGCCUUUUCGUUUGGCACGGUGGCCCUGGUGAAAGAGCUGUUGCCCGCAAUGAGAGUAGACGGACUAUGUAUUUGGUACGACAAUUCGAUAUGUUGACCUUGGCGAGUCCAGACGAUCCACUUGCCUACAGCUAUCUCCACAGUCUGCAACCUGGUGAAGAGGCUGAUCCUUCUCGAUGGGAGUGGCGUUCAUGGGUUGAACAAGAAAAGCGAUCUCGGUUGAUGUUCAUGGUGUUCCUAUGGGAUGCUGCUAUGUGUAUCUACUUCAACGUCGCACCCCACUUUUCUUGUGCGGAGAUCAAACUUCCUCUUCCUUGCGAUGAUGCAGCUUGGGACGCCCGAGACGCCGAGACAUGUGCACAGGCUCUUGGACUUCGUGGUCCAACUGCACAAGCUACCAUUAACCAGAGUGGAUCUUUGCGCCUAAAACAACUGGAAUUACACCACGCUGUGAGUGCCCUGCAUAGUUUGUCGGUGCUCAUGCAACCUCGCACCACGAAUGUCUAUUCCAAGUUUAUCUUGAUCCAUGCUCUUCAGGUUGAAAUCUGGCAGCUUCAGCGGCAAGCACUUCUCGCAACUCCAGUCACACCUCAAGGUGGAGAUGGCAGCUCGCCUUUUUCGGUUACGCCACAGACAAGUCAGACCUACAAGUCUAUCAAUGCUGCCCUCGCUCGAUGGAAGCAUGCCUGGGAUGAAGAUUAUGCGCUCCAGUAUCCUCCUGGCGACGGGUAUCGACCCAGUCCUAAGCGUAUUGGUUUCUGUCGAGAUGGUGUCCACUUUUACUGGCUAGCCCGGACUUUCCUGCAACCCAACCGAAUUCAUGAUUGGCAACUUGAUGCAGACCAGAAACUGCGACAAGUAUUACACGGCCUGCAAAAAGCCCGUGAAUGGGGUCGGAGUGAUGGCGCCAGGCGAGGUGAAGAACCUGGCAGUGUGGCAUACAUCGAGGAUGAUUAUGCCUCUGCAGCACUUGAGCUGGAUAUGAGAAAAUUAUUUCGACCAUUGCAUAGCUUGUCUGACAGCCCUCUUCCGACAACACAGCAUUAUCCAUCAAACUUCCAGUGA